UGCUUCCUGCGGAGGAGACAAACUUCGAACUUUCUCGGCAUUAAAUGUGUAGCUUCACAAGAACAGAAUCCAAAACACAGUCCAAAAUUAGCAAUGGCGAGCGCUGCAGUCGUUGGGAGUUCUGGUUCAGAAACACAGACAAUCGAACCACCGCUUUCACAAGAACAGGCACUGGUUUUGCAUUUGCAAAAGCCAAAAAAUGACAAAAAGGUUCAGUGGAAACAAGGAACAGUUGAUAAUGAGAAUGCUGGCAAAAAAUCAUCAAAAUGCUGUUGUAUAUAUGAAAGACCGAAAGUUUUUGGUGAAUCAUCUUCAGAAUCUGAGGAGUCAGACAAUGAAGAUAAAUGCAAAGGCCCCAAAGAUUAUCAUAAAAAAUCAAAGAGUUAUGGACAUAAUCAUGAGGAUUGCAACUGUGGGUAGCUGAAAUUAACAUAUGUACAUUUUGGUAUUUGUAAAUACAAUACAUGAUUUUGAAUAUAAUUCUGCAAUGUAUAUAACUUUAUUUAUAAAAAAUUAACUUCCAAACGA